CCCAUCAACCGUUCCCUUGUACAGCCUUAGCUCACCGAUCACCGCUAGCCAACCUAUAGCAAUACCAACUAUACUAUGAUAUUGUAAUCCGUGUUUUUUUUUUCUGCAGUCGUAUAUUGUGAGCUGCUAUAAAAAAGAAAAAGAACAGAAAAAACCAGAAUUGUUGUGUUUUCUUUGCGGAAGGAUUACCAGAAAGCAACCAUGGAUGUCGAUUCGCAGCCAACUAUGGAUGAAACAAUUUUGGUUGGUGAUGAUUUAAUGACCGGUCCUCCAUCGCCUGUAGUACCACCGGAAAUAGCCUCCCAUGUCCUCCAAGGUGUUGAUUUGUGUGAUGGACUUCUCAGGAAUCUAUUUCUCUGCUUGCAAAUCAAUGACAUUGAACCAUUUUGUCAAGAUGAAAUUGCUUUAUAUAAGCAAUGUGCUGAACGAAGGGAUAAGGAGAUACGGAAGCGACUUCAAGAUAGUGAAUUGAAGUUGGGUUUAUCAAUGCCUCUAGAUGAAGCCAAGGGGAGGGCCUCUCAGCUUGAGGCAGAAGUUACAUCAUUGGAGAGGCGCCUAAUUCUUGCUAGUGGAAUUGAGGGCAUUGAAGGUUUUCGCCAAAGAUGGAGCCUACAUGGCCGCCUUACUGAUUCCAAAAAUAGGUUGCAGUUCUUAAAACAGGGUAUAGAUAGCAGAAAAAAAAAGAAUUAGUCCAUUGGAGGAGAAUCAACUACCAAAAAUUGACUCUUGAUGUGAAGAUUGAACCGGCAUUAGGUUGCACCAUGUUUAGUUCGUCCCCCCAAUACUUUAAAGUUACAACUUUUCUUUUACUUUUUUUCUUAACUUGGAUGUUUUUCUUUAUCUAAUAUUCCAAAUGAUAAAUCAACCAAGAGUUUGAGAUUUUAAGUCUAUAUUCUGCAUUUACACAUAGAGAGAUUAAUUAUAAAAGAUUGGAUUUCACCAUUGCUGUGUUUGUUAGGAGUGUUAAUUAGUUGGAUCAAUUCGACCAACCUAUGGUCCAAAUAUUUAGCUUACCUAGAUUCAUCAAGGAAACAUGUAUGAGAUUAAUUAUCUUAUAUUGGAUAUACAUGAAGGAUUUUUUUCUCCGGUUUA